CCCAACUCCAUCCAUGACGCUAUAAAAUGUAACACUAACCCAUUUCUUUCUCCCAUUGACCUCGUCUUCCUCCUCAUCUAGUGCUUGCGUUCCUCCAUUGCUUUUUCUUCCACCUUUCUACGUACAUUUUUCUUUUAUCCUCGAUCCGUCUCUUCUUCCACACCCAUAUCACCUGCACCAUAUCCACUCCAAGCGUUGCUCUCUCCUCCCUGGUCAGAACUUUUGGAAACAACCUACACUAGUCCACAAAAACGCAAUCCAUAGCGAAGAAGAUGUCUGGUAGGAGGUCUCGUUCAAGGCAGUCCAGCUCUUCAAGGAUGACAGAUGACCAGAUCACCGAUCUUGUCUCCAAGUUGCAAGCUUUACUCCCUGAGGCUCCCACUCGCAGCACUGAUAGAGAGUCGGCAACCAAGGUGCUACAAGACACAUGGAACUAUAUUAGGAGCUUGCAUCAAGAAGUGGAUGACUUGAGUGAAAGGCUCGCUGAAUUACUUGCCACAACCGACAUCACCGGCGAUCAAGCUGCAAUCAUUAGGAGUCUUCUUAUGUAAUAAAACUCUUCAGUGCUUAGAUGCAUGUCUUAAUUCGCUCCUAGUUGGUCACUAUUUUUUUACCUUUUUAUGAAUAAUUAUGUUGUAGCUUGAUCAAAUGAGGGAAUGUUUAGUUCAAAUUGAUGAUGUUAAUUCCGUUGGAAGUCCUUUGUUGUAGAUUGAUGACUUGUCAUGGUCAUCCAUCAACUUAUGGUUGAUCUCUUGUUUUUAUCCAGCAGCUAAACCUACUUUUGAUGUUAAAAUUUUGUCAUGA